ACUUUGCCCUCCUCAAAACUCAAACUCUUAGUUCACUUUGACUUUGCCUUCGUCUAAGGGACUAAUUCAGCAUUUAGUUGAAGUGCCACAAAAUUUGUUUCAGUCGACCUGCUAACAACAUUGGUUAAUCACAAAACGCUGCAAAAUGCCAGCACCAACGUCUUUCUGAAUGUUUUUCCAGGCAGCGGGCGUCAAGCCGCAAUUCAAGUUUCCCAUGCAUGAUAUCCAUUUGAAGAAAUCUCUGGGAAAUUUAAAAGUCGCUUGUAUUUUGGCCCUGGCUGCUCCCAUGUGUUUUUAUGUGUUUCACAAUUUGCCACGCAAAAUGAAAUAUAAGAAUUUUUAUUCGAAUUACGAUCCAAUGGAUGCAUUCGAUCGCAUGAUGAAUGGCGGCUAUUUGAGCUCUUGUCCACCUGGAAGUGGUGGCAAAAAGAAGGAUGAUAAAAAGAAAAAGAAGUAAACAAGCGAGCGGGAGAGGGAGAUGGAUUACAUUUAAACAUAUUAUAAACUAACUCGGAUGAUCUACAAAUUCAAUCUUUACAUGGUUAAUAAAUGGAGCAUUGUAAAUUAA